GGAGUUAGUGUUUGUGAUCUGAUGUUGGUUGAAGAUUAGUGUUGACCAUGCAAAUUGAAAUGAGUGGAGACGAAAUACGCCGAAUGCCUUUGUGCAUUUUCAACGAGAACGUCGAUUCCCAAGAUUUACGCAGGGAGUGGGAAGAGUGGCAUCGUGCUUUUGAGCUGUAUCUGGAAAUGCGGAAAAUAGAGUCUCAGCAUGAGAAAUAUGUGACAAUGCUAUCACUUGGAGGAAGAGGACUGCAGCGUAUUUUCCACAACUUACGAAAAGUUAUUCCUGUACCGGAGAGGUUUCCACUGAUGCCUCCGGAAAUUCCAGAAUACGAUAACGCAGUGAAACGCUUGGAGAAAUUUUUUAUCGGCAAGCGAAACGAACGUGUAGAGCUCGAAGUUUUCCGCUCUCUCACCCAAGGGAGUGAAGAAACGUUUAACAACUUCAUACUCAGACUGCGCUCGCAGGCAUCAAGAUGUGAGUUCCUUGAUCGUGAGGAGACUGAGCUUCUUCAACAGAUUACGAUGGGGGCUAAAGACGAGAAAGUAAAGGACAAAGGAUUGGAGAAUGUUAUGACUUUGGAUGAAGUCAUCAACUACGCUGUGAACCGUGAAAUUCUUAUGAAGCAAAGGGAAAAGCUCAAACCUUUCCGUGGUGAACCGGAGGUAAACAGCGUUAGCCAAGGACAACGUCGAAACAGGCAUGCAAGUCCGAUACGAAAUUUUGAAACGCCUACCAGACGUCGUGUAUUAAGUGGCAACCGAUCCAGAAUUCAAUGCGAUCGCUGUGGAUCUUCUAGGCAUAUCAAGGAUUCUCGUGAGUGUUUUGAUCGUAGUGCAAUUUGUAACCGUUGUGGACAAAGAGGGCAUUACGCCCGGAAAUGCACCAUUAAUACUGCACAGCAGCAGCGAUCGCGUUUUCCCAGGCGCACAGUUGAACGUUAUUCGGAUGAAUUAAACUCAUUGGCUCGCUCGGAAACAACGUGGAAGGAAGAAGUACCACAUCGCCCGACAGCCGAUGACGUGGCCGAGGUGAACAUGCGAGCCCAUGUUUCCAGUGAUGGAUUGAUACUAUGCCAGAUUGACAAUGUCCCAAUAGAAUUUCUCAUUGACUCGGGAGCCUCGAUAAACACGGUUACCGAGGAUGCUUGGAAUAAACUGUUGCAAGGAAAAGCGAGUAUUUUCAAAAAGAAAUACCAAUGUGAUCGACGCUUACAUGCUUAUGCUAGCAAUGCACCACUUGAUGUGUCGGCUGUGUUCGAGGCUUGGAUAUAUGUGAAUUCGUCGAAUCCCAAAACAUAUGCGGAAUUCUAUGUUGUCUAG